UGGGGUUGUAUUUCUUGAGGGCACUGCCUACAUCAUAAAGCAUCUGGUUUUGUUGUCUAGUUUACAAUAUCAACAGAAGAAACCAAUUAACUCCCAACUCUCAAUAAGAGAUAUCAGUUACGAGCCCAAAACGUAAGCCAAUGGAUAGCCAAAUUCUUCCCUUCAUCAUCUUCCUGAUCGCCGUCACCGUCACUCCCUUACUCAGUUCAGCGGCGCCAGCCACACCAUGCCAGUCCAACUGUGGCUCACUUCAAAUCAAGUACCCUUUCGGCACCGGCUAUGGCUGUGGCUCACCACGGUUCGAACCCUACAUAACCUGCAAGUCAAACCAGCUCCUGCUAACAACCCACACCGGCUCUUAUCUAAUCACCGCCAUAUCUUAUAAAGACUCAACCCUUACCAUCACCCCAUCCGCCAUGUCUACUUGCAACUCCAUGCAACAGUCCCCCAACUUGGGGCUCGACUGGGCUAGCCCUUUCCAACUAGGUCCAUCCAUUUUCCUCCUCCUUUCAUGCACUCCCCCGACCUCUUCCCUCACCAUCAAGGGCUCCCCCGUAUGUGACCCUUCAUCCACCCACCUCUGUUCCACCAUCUAUACUUGCCCCGCCGUCGUCAACCUCCGCCUCCCACUGUUCCCGCCGACCAACACCUGCUGCGUGUACUCGCCGGCGAAUUUCAACAGCAAAGGUGAGUUGGACCUGAGGGAAAUGAAAUGCAAAGGGUAUGCAUCGAUUGCUUCCUUUCAAGAUUCGCCGACGGACCCUAGUAAAUGGAUGUAUGGGGUGACGUUAAAGUAUACAAAUGGAGGUUUCGAUGAUUAUUAUAUGAACAACAAAUGCAAUACUUGUGAGGAUAGUGGCGGAAUCUGUGGCUAUUCGCCUCCUACCAAUUCCUUCCUAUGUAUCUGUAACAGUGGUUUCAAUGCCACUACAGAUUGCUACAAUAAUUACAAUCCCGUUCAGGAUUACGAGGAUCUUAUUGGGACUUCCACUUCAUUAUCAACCCAGAAGAUUAUGCUGGGAUUAUGGGUUGGUCUGCUUUUCUACAUUGCUGCUUGAAAAAGAGAAUGGCCAAGAUUUUGCCUUUUGUUAUGCCAUCCCCAUUUAAAUGUUGUAAGUUUACGACAGAAUCCAACAAACUUUACCCCCCCCCCCAACCAAAGUUGUAAAGCAGAAAGUUUAUUAGAUAACGAAGUAUAUAGAGAUAAUAACAAAUCGUCGCUGAUUCAUACAGAUUUAUAUACAGACAA